AUGGGAAAAACAACUAUAUUAUACCGAGUAAAGUUUAAUGAGGCUGUCACGACUAUACCAACAAUAGGAUUCAACGUGGAGACAGUGACACCGGUUCCUAAUGUUACAUUAUGUGUGUGGGAUGUUGGUGGACAACAGAAAGUACGAGCUUUAUGGCAACACUACUUCUGUGAAACACAUGGUCUGAUAUUUGUGGUGGACAGUGCAGAUAAAGCGAGAUUAUGGGAAGCGAGAGAUGAGCUUUUAAGGGCGCUUACAAAUCCGUACAUGACACCAGGCAUCCCGGUGCUUGUUCUAGCAAACAAACAAGAUCUCCCAGGUUCUUUAACAGCAUCAGAGAUAACCGAUAUAAUGGACUUAAAACGACUUUCCCCAAACCACCCCUGGUAUGUACAACCAACACAAGGAAACACUGGUGUAGGACUACAUGAUGCUUUCAAGGUGCUAGCUAGGAUGGUGAAGCAAUUUCAUAAGGACUUGACAAAGGCAGAAUUGUUAAAUCGACACGAGAAUGGACCAGAUGCCACUGAGGUGUAGGUCAAGUUCACCAUCAUCAGGGAGAACUGCAAACCUUUGGAAGACUCUCGUCGUAGAGAAUGGAUCGUAGAUAGUGGAUCUGCGAUCUAGGAACAGAACUGCAAACACCGACAGUCUGCAAUAUGGAUGACUUGUAGCGUCUUUGAGACAUGAGUGAUAAUUAAACAAGUCACAGUGUACGGAAAAGUAAAGAAUUCAGGUUCAAAAGCCUUGCCAUGCUAUAGCUAGAAGAUUCACUGGGUUUGACGCAAGCACUAGCGAUGAAAUGGUUUCCAUGGCUCUUGCAUUAUUGAUGUUGAAUAUUUAAUAGUCGGUAGUCGAGCAAUUGAUCUGGAACAAGCAUCAGACUGUAUACAGCAAUGAAACCGAACACGACAAUCCCUGAGGAGGAUUAAGUAUUUUGCAAUCAGAUGCAUUAGAACAGCUGGACGUUUUCGUUUUAUGCAUUGAUGUGGCGAUCAAAACCAUUCCUGAAACAUACCUUUGGAUUAGAAAAACAAAUAAUUGUCUAUACAUCUAAGUGGCAAACCUGGAAAAUAUAGAUGCAUAUAUAUUUCUGACUAUCAACGAGUUUGUUAAGGUGAUAAAUCACUUUACUUAUCGCAGGUUAGCAUGCAAACACCAAGAAUUCGAAAUGUGACACGAGACUGUGAUGAUUGACAUGAAAUUGAUCUUAAUUGUUUGUUAAUGUGAAAAUUAUGUAGAAAAUGGACAUUGUUCAGUGAGAAUUGUAUUCUCUGUUUUUGUUAGGCGAAAAUAUAAAUCAAAAUAAAUCAAAGUCUGAAGAUUGUGAAGAGUGCAUAGGAAUUUCUUCUUUGUGAACAUAACAACGGAUCUUGAGAAUUAGAAGAUGAAACAAACAGUAUUGCCUAUAUACAAUAAAUGACAAGAAAAUCGAGGAUGGUAUGUUUUAGCAUCAUCAUGAUUGAAGAGGAAAUUUCAAAUACACUGAUAUAGGCUUACCAGAAAAUGACACUCUUUGUGCAUUAUAUUAAUUGUGAGGAGUUGAAAAUGAAAUUAUGCAUCGACUCUAAAUAUUGCUUUGAAUUUUUAAGUGUUGUAUUUCUCUUGCAACAUGUGCGAAGAUAUUAAAUAUUGCGAUUAUUCAGUGACACACGAACUUAACGAAACACACAAAGAGUUUCUUGAAACGAUGGGCAUUAUAAUGAUGUAGUCGUAACAGUCGCAUUAACAAGUUUAAAAUUUCCAACAAUCAUCGUUAAAUGAAAUAAAGAAUUGAUUCAGAUAAAAUACCAUUUAUUGGAUUUAGCAAAACCUCUUUAUAUAAAUAACAAAUCCAGCAUUAUACUUUGGCAGCACAUCACUUGUUUAAAGAGAUAAAGUAGAAGAGUAAUGGUUUGUCUUAAGUUGAGAGGUAAUACAUUCAAAAUGAUUCAAUGCAAACAAAGAUGGUAUAUAUGGUAUUAAAUAGUCCAGAAAUUGUUCUUCUCAACAUAGCAGACACUUGAUAAUUGCUAAACAUAGUAAUGUUAUCAUUGAUACUGCAGUGCAUGCUGAUAGAUUAGAAAUAAAUUCCAAAUAAUGCAGCUCGUACAGAAUCUAUCUUGAAUUAUUUAAUAAAACUAAUUAUUAUGCUUAGAGAAAGAGCAAAAAGUUAACAAACUGUAGUGUGCAACUAAGGAAUAUUCAUUUAUUGAAAUAUUCCUGCUUACAAUACUGAAGUAUCAGUUACCCCUAAAUCGAAAUAUCAUCUUAAAUUUCUCUUCCUCGCUAUAUGCCUGCACUGGGUAUAAUAUUUGUGUUAAUAAAAGAUUGAUGUAAUACCCGCCUCUAAUGCAGUAAAAAGGCAUGUAAAUACGCAGGUACGUGACGAAUUGGACUAUUUUUGAUAACUUUUAAUGUAAAUAAUAUUUUUAAACAAGAAGAAAUGGACGUACAGCACAUGUAUACUAUUGAUUAGUAAAGAUAUAGAGAUAAAGGAGAGAAACCAGAGUGAGAAACAUAGGCAUUGGCAGCACUUCAACAUUGAGGGGGUGACAUCUUGCAUAAUACCUAGUUUGAUUUUUCUUUUGUCAAGAUAAUGUACAGUGGCUGAUAAACAAAGAUAUAUUUAUUUUCAUUGUCGAUUACAGGUCAAUUCUCAAUUCAGAUUUUAACUAUAAAUCAUAUGUUUUAAAUGACAACAAAUCAAGUUAUUAACAAGAUCUCAGAAGACCUUAUUGCCAGUUUUCUAGUGAGUAAUUGGUAAUGUAUUUUCCGGAAACAGAUGCAGCCUGUGGGUGUUCUCUUCCCCCUUUCAAAAUACACUUGAUAAAGAAUAAUAUUCAUGUAUCUGAACCACUUUAAUUGUUCUGGUAAUUUACCAGAACAAUAACUCUAUUAUCUUUUAAAAAGAUGUCUAGUUGGGAUAAACUUCUUUUAUGCUGUAUGUUUUAUUAGAUAAACCUCCUUAAAACACUGAUUUCAUCUCAUUACCAUAUUUGUAUAAAGCUCGAUAUCGCAAAAGUGAUCUAAACUAAAGAUAUAUAUUAUUGUCCAUUAAAGAUCACCUUUUCUGCACAACUGA